UCCUCAAGCACAACAUUUACUCAUACUUUUAAAUACGAUUGUUGAAGAUCAGAACUGUAUACAAAUCUCAUCAUUCCUGACCAUGAUUAGUGUAACCUGGAACAUCUUCCUAAUUUGGACUAAAAUAGGGCUGUUACUUGACAUGGCACCUUAUUCUGUCAGUGCCAAACCCUGCCCUUCAGUUUGUCGCUGUGAUGUGGGUUUCAUAUAUUGUAAUGAUCGCGAUUUGACAUCUAUUCCUACAGGAAUCCCAGAGGAUGCUACUACCCUCUUCCUUCAGAACAAUCAAAUAAAUAAUGCUGGGAUUCCUUCAGAACUGAAGAACUUGCUUAGGGUGGAAAGAAUAUAUUUAUAUCACAACAGCUUAGAUGAAUUCCCUACCAACCUCCCUAAGUAUGUUAAAGAACUGCAUUUGCAGGAAAAUAAUAUAAGGACCAUUACUUAUGAUUCACUUUCCAAAAUUCCUUAUUUGGAAGAACUGCAUUUGGAUGAUAAUUCAGUUUCCGCUGUUAGCAUCGAAGAUGGAGCUUUCCGGGACAACAUAUAUCUCCGACUUCUUUUUCUCUCUCGAAAUCACCUUAGCACCAUUCCCUGGGGUUUGCCUAAAACCAUAGAAGAGCUACGCUUGGAUGAUAAUCGUAUUUCCACAAUUUCAGAGCUGUCCCUUCAAGACCUUACAAAUCUGAAACGCCUCGUUUUAGAUGGAAAUCUUUUAAAUAAUCAUGGAUUAGGAGACAAAGUCUUCAUGAAUUUAGUCAAUCUUACAGAACUGUCAUUGGUCCGCAAUUCCCUUACAGCCGCACCAGUAAAUUUACCCGGAACAAAUCUAAGAAAGCUUUAUCUGCAAGAAAACCACAUAAAUCGCGUGCCACCUAAUGCCUUCUCUUAUCUAAGGCAAUUGUAUCGAUUAGAUAUGUCCAAUAACAACCUCAGCAAUUUACCUCAGGGUGUCUUUGACGAUCUGGACAACAUCACUCAGUUGUUUCUCCGCAACAACCCAUGGCACUGUGGGUGCAAAAUGAAAUGGGUUCGUGACUGGCUGCAGUCACUGCCUUUAAAGGUUAACGUACGCGGACUGAUGUGUCAGGCACCAGAAAAAGUACGUGGAAUGGCUAUCAAAGACCUCAACGCUGAACUCUUUGAUUGUAAGGACGACAGUAUAAUAAGCACCAUCCAAAUCACUACCGCAGUACCAAACACGCUCUAUCCGGCCCAAGGACACUGGCCGCUUUCUGUGACCAAACAGCCAGACAUAAAAACUCCCAAUCUUAAUAAGAACUACAGAACCACAGCGAGCCCAGUACACAAAAUCAUUACAAUAUUUGUGAAAUCUGUAAGUACGGAGACUAUUCAUAUCUCUUGGAAGGUUGCACUACCAAUGACAGCAUUAAGGCUGAGCUGGCUCAAGAUGGGUCAUAGCCCUGCCUUUGGAUCUAUAACUGAAACCAUAGUUACAGGGGACAGAAGUGACUACUUGCUCACAGCCCUGGAACCGGAAUCGCCGUACCGGGUAUGUAUGGUUCCGAUGGAGACCAGCAACACCUACCUAUCAGAUGAAACUCCUGAAUGCAUCGAGACCGAAACAGCGCCCCUUAAAAUGUACAAUCCUACAACCACCCUGAACCGAGAGCAAGAGAAAGAACCUUACAAAAACUCCACUUUACCUCUGGCCGCCAUCAUCGGCGGUGCGGUGGCCCUGGUGGCCAUCGCGCUGCUGGCACUGGUGUGCUGGUACGUGCACAGGAACGGAUCCCUGUUCCCGUGGAACUGUGCGUACAGCAAGGGCCGCAGGAGAAAGGACGACUACGCGGAAGCGGGGACUAAGAAGGAUAACUCCAUCCUGGAAAUCAGGGAGACUUCUUUUCAGAUGAUACCCAUCAACAGUGACCAGGUGUCCAAGGAGGAGUUUGUAAUACACACCAUAUUCCCGCCUAAUGGAAUGAAUCUGUACAAGAACAGCCACAGUGAAAGCAGUAGUAACAGGAGCUACAGGGACAGUGGUAUUCCAGAUUCAGAUCAUUCACACUCAUGAUACUGAAGUAAAUGAAAGACUGAUGUGAUUUUUUUAAACAGGAAAAGACUGACUUUAAGGGUUACUGUUCUACUGCAAAACACUGGAUUAGAGAACUGACAAAGCAAUGUACUGUACAUUUGCCAUAUAAUUUAUAUUUAAGAACUUUUUAUUAAAAGUUUCAAAUUUCAGGCUACUGCUGCGAUUAAUGUAGUGGGGAUACCUGACCACAAUUCUAUAUUUUAGUAUUUUUUAGUAAUUUGUACUGUAUUUUCCUUGCUAAUAUUGAAGUUACAGACCAUUUAACUUUUGUGUUCUACUGAGUAAGAUGACUUGUUGACUGUGAAAGUGAAUUUUCUUGCCGUGUUGAGCAGUCAGAACAUUCAUCCAAGAUCCUUGUAAGUGUAAGCACAGGCCGUUUUUCACUUUGGUAAUAAUAAAAUAACAUUAAACCUGGAAAACCAAGAAGAUGAAGAAGUGGUUGCAAAAACUCAGAGACUAUAAUGUUGGGUCUAUUAAAGCUGUAAACCACAAUAUUCAAUAAACAAAAGUGUGUGUAGUAAUGGGCAAUAUCAGCUGUCUGGAUAUAUCCAUUCUAUAGUAGUGAGAUCCAGUUUAAAAGAUAAUCAUCAAGCCAGUUAUAUGCAUGAGACAAGAUAUUGAUGAGUG